AUGGACCUAGCUGAACUGGGAGCUUGUGGAAGCGAUGCAGAAGGUGAUCAGCAGCAGAGUGAUUGUGAGGAGCCGAGCGCUGGCGAGCUGUCGGACACCGACAUGGAUCCGCCCGCUGAGUGCGACGGGUGCGGCAUCAACAGCGACAGCAUGUGCCCGAUCUCCGAGAUCAAAGGGACCCCCCUGCAAGUCCCCUGGGCACGACUGAAACGUAAGGUCAUCAAAAAGAUCAAGAACGGGAAGGUCAUUAAGAAGUCUAAGCAGAUUGCAUCGGGGAAAUGGUGUCGUAACUGCUUCAACUUCUGGAGGAGCAACUACACGCACGUGAUGAAGAACUUAGAAGACUUUGACGAAAAAGUGAAACACGCUAAGGGUGGAAAAAAAAAAUGGGACACUGCUCGGCAGAACUGGAUCAGGAAGAAGGCCGGUGGGCAGGCUCGCAUCCGCGGGAACAAGCCCAGGGCGUCUGUCAAAAGGUAUGAGAAACACGAGCUGGCCCUGAAGGACCCCGCCGCGAAGUUCUACACUGAGAAGGCCUACAUCAAACAUUUCGGGGAUCCCAAAGUCAAUAAGGCCAAGCCGUUCAGAUUCAAAAACAAAGCAGGGAAACUCUUGGUUGGCUACGUCGUCAGAGAAGGGGAGGAGGGCGUCUACACCUUGGAGGGGUCCUCGGCGAUUGGCGUCAUGAACUCUGGUGAGCUACUGGCUGCUGAAGACAACCUGUAUGAGGAUCACGCUGACGAGGUUGCCCAGGCAGCUCAGGCGGAAGAGUUCGUCGCGAACGGCUUCGUGGCGCAGUCUGCUGAGGAUAUCCAUGAGAACCAGCGCCUUCACAGGCUGAGGAGCGACGCAGCGGCGACGGCUGCAGUUCCAGAGGAUGACCAGAGCGCAAUUUCGGAGUCUGAACCCCGCGACCACAGCGACGAGCAGAACGGCAUGAGCGUUUCAAACAAGGACAGCGACGACAUGUCGGACGACGACGGCGUUGGCGAGCACAUGCAGGGCAGGAAGAGGAAGGCCGUUACGCAGAAGACUAGCGGCAAAGCCAAAGCGAAGUUCUUAGCCUCUGGUCUUGUUACCCCGAACAGAGGUACCUCAUCCUCGGUCCCCCCAUCGCCUGCACCGACGGUUGGAGCUUCUACUGGCGGCACCGGCGGUACUUCCAGCAAACUGACGAUGAAUGCCGACUCUCGCAAGCACGGGCAUCUGAUCAUAAAGCAGCUCAAGGAGGCGAUCGAGGGAUUCAACAAGGGCAAUUGGGGGAAUCUCCAGCCGAGGCAGCUGCAGAGCCACGUCAAGGAUCUGGCGAAGCACAACGUGGCGGCAGACAAGUUUCUCAAGGCUCUUGGCAGGUUGGAACUGCCUGCCGAACUUUCGGAAUUGACAACCCUGAACGACGGCCUCAAGUGCGUGCUGCAGUUCAACAAAAGCUGGAACCAAGUUUCGAAGGGUGCAGCAGAUGCGGCCCUGUCUCAAGCGAAGCAGCUGUCCAGAGCGACUGGGAAGCCGGUGCCGACCCACAUCAUGAAAGUCGUGCUCAAGAAGGUCACCAUGGAUUGCGAUUCCUGGGAGGGACAGCUCAGAACCCUCGAGGCUGACAACCCGGAUGGCGCCCAGAUGGUUGCUGCAGACGAUCGUGCGGUCGUAGUUCAGGGUGUACUGCUGCAGGUGCUCGGGGCGAUGCUGGACAAAAUCAAAUUGACUUCGGACACGGACAGAGCCGUUGAGGACUUCUUCAAAAACAUCUCGGUCAUCGAGGCCAUGACUCUGCCCAAGGCAAUCGUUGACGACGCCAAGGCCAUUGGUGUUUCUCAGAAGCCGUCUGCAUCGACAGCCGAUGUACAGUGGGCAGCGACGCGUCUAACUUCGAAGAAGGACCAGUCAGUGUUCGUGGCCAUGAUCAAGAGAAAGAAGCUCGACGCAUGGGACACAUGCAUUGCAAAGCUGACUCAGAGCUUGCGAGACAGGCAGAAGAUGGAGUCCAAGCAGCAGUCCGUACACGACAUCGUCAAGACGAUCGAUUCUACGUUGUCGGCCGUCACCCCCGGUGCAGAUGCCGCUGGCAUUGCCAACUUGGUCGAGAAAUUCGUGGCCAUCGCCAAGCGCUUCGUCGAGAUCAAGUGGGACGAGGUGGGCCUCGAGCGGGCCGAGGUGUUCGACCCGCUGCGCCAGCUCUACGCCAAGCUCACCUACGAGAUCCUAGCUAAGGUUCCGCCAGACUUCUUCGAUGAGGGCAAGGCGCCAGUCGAUCAGAAGAUGAAAUGGGUGACCGAGACUGGCGAGAAGCUUUACGAUUACGGUGUGAAAGUGAACGACUCGAUCAGGCCCGGACCGCAAUUGCCUACAAUCGUAUUCAAGGAGAUUUUGAUGAUGGCGACCGUGCCGAAAGCAAUCGUCAAGCGCUGCUUCGUGGGGGACUCGGAGAUCAGCGUCGAGCUUCUGACGGUGGUGUGCCUCAAGAUGGGCCCAAAGGAUCUCAUGAACUUGACCAAGCACUUGAACCUGAUUGAGCUGCCGAUGCCUGGCGAUUGGCAGGCGGUCGCCUCGUGCAUGGAGUGGCCUGCCGAUCAUGUGUCAGACAUCAAUGACAUCAUCGUGAAGUUAAUGAAGAUGGGCGAUUGUCUACCUGAAGCAAUGCUCAUUGCCGUCAAGGGCUUCUUGGACAUGAAGGGUGAUAUCACUAAGUUCGAGGAGUCGAGCGUGUUGUCCGAGUCAGACUUGAAGUACCUCGCUCUCGAUGCCAGUGGUUGCCUCGUGGACAAGCACGGGAUCAAGGGUCGCCUGAUGGCAAAAAGCAUCGACGCUAUCAUCGCCAAUAUGGACACUCACGUUGGUAUCGCGAACGCGUACCAGACGCUCUGCAACAAGGCUCUGAAAACUGAGGAAUUUCAGAACGCCACUGAGAUCACGAACAUGCUUCAUUCGGGCGUGACGCUGAAGAUGGCCAUCAUCCCGUUGAUUCAGAGCAUGAUCACGCUCGAUGCCGAGGUCCAGAACGACGACAAGAUGUUCGAGGCGUUCGGCAAGUUCAGGCUCAAAAAAUCAGAGGCGCUGAACUUCUUCGACCAUGAGGCGAACGCGGAGCUGGUCAAGGAUUACGCCUCGGCGGUCGACAACGUUCGGCAGGUCCUGCAGAUGUACGCGGACGCGAAGGAGAAGCUCUUGCGCUCAUCCUUGGAGAAGGCCGUGAAAAGCAUGGUGGAAGCAACGAAGGACGUCGAGGCCAACUUGGUCCCGACCGCAACUGCGCUCAAGAAGUUCGACUUGGAGGAGAUGCAGAAGGUGAUCGACCAUCCUGGUCGCCCGGUGCUGAUUCAAGCGGUGAAGGCCGCGAACAUCAGCUUCUCCGAGUGGAAGGCCAGGAGCGGUUUCGUCAUGGGGACGAUCGACCUGACGGACUUGGAGGGCCAGGUGGAGAUGGCGCUGAAGCUCCGGGACAAAGCUCGGACGACGGUUGCCAUUCGCUCAGCCUUGCUGAUUCUGAGCCAGAAGGACCAGCAGACUCCGACGAUGAUCGAGGACUUCUUCAAGAACCUCAGGGCGGCCAAGAGCUCCAUUCCCGCGAAGCUUCGGAAGGAGCUGGAGAAGUUGGCUCCCACCGCCACCAGCGCUCCAGAGGAGGUGGGGGAAGAGGCUCCUGGCGAGCCCGCUGCUGCGGCCGAAGAGGAGGAGGGUGAGUCCUAG